CAUAAAAGGAAAAAAAGCGUGUGUGGUUCUCGACGUGCCGCGAAUCUUCGAACGCAAGUGCGUUACUAUUCGCAGACUCUGAAAAAGCGUUCGCGGGACGCACCCACUGUCGCCGUCGCAAUUUCCAGCGCGACGCGUUUGUUCCGCUUGAGAUUCGGCACCUUAUACGCCAUGGCCCUCGUGUCUGCUGACUCCCGCAUUGCAGAACUUCUCACAGAGCUCCACCAGCUCAUCAAGCAAACCCAGGAAGAGCGAUCGAGGAGUGAACACAACCUAGUGAACAUCCAGAAGACCCAUGAGCGGAUGCAGACAGAGAACAAGAUUUCUCCUUAUUACCGGACAAAACUGCGAGGCCUCUACACCACCGCCAAGGCCGAUGCGGAGGCCGAGUGCAACAUCCUCCGCAAAGCCCUGGAUAAGAUUGCUGAGAUCAAGUCGCUGUUGGAAGAGAGGCGGAUUGCGGCCAAGAUCGCGGGUUUGUACAAUGACUCGGAGCCGCCUCGUAAGACCAUGCGCAGAGGGGUGCUGAUGACCUUGCUGCAGCAGUCGGCCAUGACCCUGCCCCUGUGGAUCGGGAAGCCUGGUGACAAGCCCCCACCCCUCUGUGGAGCCAUUCCAGCCUCAGGGGACUAUGUGGCCAAGCCUGGAGACAAGGUGGCUGCGCGGGUCAAGGCUGUGGAUGGGGAUGAGCAGUGGAUCCUGGCAGAGGUGGUCAGUUACAGCCAUGCCACCAACAAGUAUGAGGUAGAUGACAUUGAUGAAGAAGGCAAAGAGAGACACACCCUGAGCCGCCGGCGCAUCAUCCCACUGCCCCAGUGGAAAGCCAACCCUGAGACGGACCCUGAGGCCUUAUUCCAGAAGGAGCAGCUUGUAUUGGCCUUGUAUCCCCAGACCACCUGCUUCUACCGUGCCCUGAUCCAUACGCCCCCACAGCGGCCCCAAGAUGACUACUCGGUUCUCUUUGAAGACACCUCCUAUGCAGAUGGCUACUCCCCUCCCCUCAAUGUGGCCCAGAGGUACGUGGUGGCUUGUAAGGAACCCAAGAAAAAGUGAAGCUAACUGUCAGACCGGAGGUUUGCUACUGCCGUCCUCAUGGGAGAAGGCAAGAGAGGAUUUUCUGGGAUCAAAUAAAU